UUCUUCCUCACAUUCCUCACCAAACUCAAUAACACACACACAGACGUACACACAACAAUGUCUCCUUUCAAAAUAUUCUUCUUUGCGGCUCUUCUUGCGGCUGUGUUUUCAUUCUCCGCCGCUGAUUUCAACAGCGACGUCAACGUAGCUUGGGGAAACGGCCGUGGGAAGAUACUCAACAACGGACAGCUUCUUACUCUCUCCUUAGACAGGUCCUCUGGUUCUGGUUUUCAAUCCAAAACAGAGUAUUUGUUUGGAAAAAUCGAUAUGCAGAUUAAGCUUGUUCCUGGUAACUCAGCAGGAACCGUCACAACUUUCUACCUGAAAUCUGAAGGAUCGACUUGGGAUGAGAUAGAUUUUGAGUUCUUGGGUAACAUGAGUGGAGAUCCUUAUACUCUACACACUAAUGUUUACACUCAAGGUAAAGGUGACAAAGAGCAACAAUUCUAUCUCUGGUUCGACCCAACAGCGAACUUCCACACUUAUUCAAUCCUCUGGAACCCUCAAAGAAUCAUAUUGACAGUCGACGGUACACCAAUUAGAGAGUUCAAAAACUCUGAGUCAAUCGGUGUUUUGUUUCCAAAGAGCAAGCCGAUGAGGAUGUACGCGAGUCUUUGGAACGCAGACGAUUGGGCAACGAGAGGUGGUCUGGUUAAAACGGAUUGGUCCAAAGCUCCAUUCAUGGCUUCUUACAGGAACAUCAAGAUCGAGGGGUGUGUUCAUAUAAACGGAAGAUCGUCUUGUAGCCCAAGCUCUAGUUGGUACACUCAACAAAUGGAUGCAACUAGCCAAGCUAGACUCAGAUGGGUUCAGAAGAAUUACAUGAUCUACAACUAUUGCACGGACCGUAAGAGGUUCCCACAGGGAAUCCCUCGUGAAUGUGCACCAAGCGCAUAGAAUAUUUUAAUUAUAAAGUAUAUAAUAUAUACUUCUGUGUGAAUGCUCUAUGUUUCUUCUUUUGUUGCUUGGGUUUGAUUCUUUCGAGUGUAUAUUUAUGUCCAGUAACGCAAAAGGUGUGUAUAUUUAUAAAUCUAUAUAUGUAAAGAGUCUAAAAGAUGUCUUUGUCAGUAAAAUAACAUGUUUAUGAAAAUGAUUACUUUUCUAUU